AUGUCUCAAACAACACCCCGCAAGUACCAAAGCCGGGGCCAACAGCAACAGCAACAGCAACAGCAAGUCCCAUCCUUCUCGCGCUCGCCGCAUUCGAACCCACACCCGCAUCCGCAUACCCAGCAACAGCUCUCUCAACUACAGCAUGGUCACGCGCGAAACAGGUCUCAGCAACUCCGUGCCCAGGCAGCAGAGUCACAAUUUGGCGGCGCCACAACCGCAGUUGCUUCCGACUACGAAUCAGAUACCGCGUACUACAUGGCUUCGCACCCACCACCUCCCGCCGCCGCCCUUGCCGCGCGCACCAACACCGAGCUCAACUUAAGCGUCCUCCGCCGAUACCGACCCAGCAUCACCAGCAUCUUGUCCAUCGCCGCCCACGCCGUAGUCUACGUCUUCACGCCUCCGGCCAAAUGGGACAGGUCCACCGUGGAAGGCCCGUUAUUCAUCUGCGCGCAGGACGAGGACGGCGAGGCGGCCGCCGCAGACGGGUGUCUGUUCAUAUUGAACCGCAAAGGUCUGCAGAAUCUGAUUCUCGACCUGAGCACCGUCAGCAACUUCGAGCUGGCCACCGACUUGCUCAGCUUCAAGCUUGAUCAGGAGGGCCCCCAGAUACCGAUGGAGAACGGAGAGUCCGUGCGGCCCAAGGUCAUCGGGAUGUGGAUCUACGCCGAGGACGACCAGGACCGACGCACCAACUCUGCUCUCAUCAACGAGAUGUGGUCCAAGGCCCGUUCCGCCCCAGACGAGGCGGGAGGAGCUCCGGCUAGUCCCCCCACGAGUGGAUCAGCAGGUGAUGACGUGGAGGACGUGUCCGUAGCACAAGGGCCCGGUCGUCAGGUCAGUUUGAACGAGCUGUUUGGCAGGAACCAGAACGGUAUCGGAGGACCUUAA